AUGGAUAGAAGUGAUGUUGUUACCCGCUUCGUUAUAUUAUUUGUAGUUUGUAUUAAUCACUGGAAUUGGGUGUAUUGUGCGACAAAACCAAUAAAAUCGGAACUAGAAUGUGAAUUUCCGCCAAAAUUAGAGGAAGACCUUACUCAUGUAAGGAGAAAACGAUUGACAACCGAAUCAGGCCUUGUUUGCUUAGAAGAUUAUCCGUAUACAGUAUCCAUAAGAUUACACUCGAAGCACUGGUGCGGUGGCGCAAUUGUCGGCAAGCAAUGGGUAUUGAGUGCAGCCCAGUGUUUCGACUACGUAACUAAAGAAGAGGUUACAAUUCGUAUGGGGUCCGUGUUCAGGGACUUUGGAGGCAGAAUCCUAUCAGUGGUGGAAAUCGUACGACACCCGAACUACAAGAUGGAUCAGUAUUAUCCAGAUCACAACCUUGCUUUGAUCAAGGUUAAUAUACCCAUCGUAAAAAACGAGCGGAUACAAGCAGUUUCUUUAGCAGCAAAUAAUGCGGAUCUUCCACUGCUGUUCGGUGAAGUCGUCGUUACUGGAUAUGGCUCUGUGAAGACAGGACAUAUUCGUGAAGGCGUUAACCAAGAGCUACGUCGCAUGAUUGUCAAAGAAAUUCCACGGUCACAAUGUAGGGUUAUGUAUGGAAACGACUACCAUAUACAACAUGAUCAUAUGUGUCUGCAAAGCGUCGUCAAUGGGGUUGCACUUUGUGCGGGCGAUACUGGUGAUCCAGCAGUUCAUUUUAGUGGAGCGAACCGUGGCGGUACGUUGUUUGGUAUAGCUUUGUUUUCUGGAACAGAAGAGUGUGCUUACAAAUCCAAACCUGGAAUAUAUGCAAAGGUUUCAUUUAGUAGAACAUGGAUUGAUAAAGUUACUAGUGAAACAGAACCAAAUGAGAGCGUUGAUAGCUUCGAAAACGCAAUACCAAUUGAUAUGGAAUAAAUAAUAACAAGACAAAAUAAA